UUCCGUUUCUCUUCAGGAAGCUCCAGCUUUGUUCAGGCGGCUCUUUUACGCAAAUGAGCUGCAUGGGCUCUGCUGUGCCGUUGCCCAACAUCAGUGCUUUCCAAGCCAGUGGAAAUAUAUGUGUAAUAGUAAAUGUCAUGCGUGUAUAUCUCCGGUGCACUGUGAGGUCCCUCAGAACAACCUGGGCUGGAGGAUACAGAGUGGUACGAAGUUGAGAGAAGCAUUUGAGUGUUUGCUGAAAUGACACCAGGUUCAAACCACGAACUCGCAAGGAAAGGCAUUGAAAGAAACCUCUGCGUGCUGUACAGACAACAGAAGCCCAGAUCUGAGAGGACCUGCCGGUUGGGGACCAGGACAAAGGACCAGAGACAAAGAAGAUCCUCUCACUCUAGGACCUGUCGGACGUUUUUGCUCAACGGCCGAGCAAGGAUGGAGCAAAGGGAACCGACAGUUGACUCUCAUUUGGAUGGGACCGAAGGACGACUCAGGGAACUGGCUUCCAAGUGGUUUAUAGAGACUCAAAUGCCGCUCAUCGUCCACAACGGCUUCUUCCCCACGUGGUUCCUGGGAUUCAUUACAAGAAAGGAGGCUGAAGACAUACUCAGGGAAAAGGAGCUGGGCUGUUUCCUGAUCCGCCUCAGUGACAAGGCCAUGGGAUACAUACUGUCUUAUAAGGGGGGGGAUCGGUGUAGGCAUUUUGUGAUAAACCAAAGUGAAUCGGGGAAGUUUGUGGUGUGUGGAGACACCGAGCAACACGACUCAGUCGCUGAUCUCAUAGAGUACUACAAGUCGAGCCCCAUUCAGCCCUUUGGAGAGUACCUGGCAUCUUCGUGUUUUGAGGCACUGGAUGAACAGCUCUAUGAUUUCAUCCAGGUCAGCCCCAAAGAGGAACCUGUGGCCACCGCCAAAGCUGUGAAGCCCAAACGAAAACCGCUGAUCAACUCUGCCUCAGAGCAGCCACCGGCACGGCCCCCAAAGGGCAACAGGACCCAGGAGGUGGUGCCACCGUUGCCUCGGAGGAACAGGCCAGUUUCCGGUGACCCGCCUAAUGACCCGGACAGGGCUCUGUACGCCGAGCUCAAAAAGCAAUCGCCCAGGGAGAUCCCGAUAUUCCAACACGUGUCCCAGGACAAUCCCCAAGGAGAUACGGUCGGGAGAGCCGAGAGGUCCUCGGCGCAGGACCGGAGCAGGUGUAGUUCUCCAUCCGCAGCCGAGUCUGUUUACUCUCAGCUCGGCCUGCUGGACAGCAAGAGCAGAUCUCUACCACUUCUGGACAACACCUCCGACGGGGAGCAGUCGUACCGGCUGAGGGCGUCGCCCCUCACUCCCCCGAGGCUCUCCCCCAAGCCCGUCAGAGAAACCGCCGGCUCCAGGCCGCUGCCGGAGGCGACGGACUCGAGCAGCAGCCACAGCCUGGACCACGCGGGCGACAGCGCGCUCUACCUUCUGGCCGGCAGGCCCGGUAGUCCCCCCACCACUACGUCCCCUGCGGCCAGGUACGCCGAGGUCCCCGCGGCGUUUUCCCCUCACGAGAACACGUACGAGUGGAUUCCCGGCCACAAGGAGACAGCGACACCCGAACCCAACUGCAACACAUACGAGCCUCUGGAGGACAUCCGACCCAAACAUAAAAACUCAGCCUUUGGGUUAAAGAAUGAUAAAUGGAAAUGGCUGUUCCCUGAGGUCAAGAAGAAGCGGUGAAGAUGUUACCAUUCACUAAUAGAAAGUAGUUCACUAGUUUGUCUUUGACACUACAGAGGUCAAGCCUAAAAUACAGUCUUAUGGAACCUUUUUUUUAAGUGGACUCACAUUAUUCAAAUGACAUUUUCUGUGUUUUUGCUUUUUAAUGUAUUUAUUUAAUAAAUCAUGCUGUAUUUAAUUUGUAUUUUCUGUAUUUAAACAAAUCAACAGAUUAAAGCAGUAAAACGCAUAUUAGUAAAGGGAUCGUAAAGAGAAAGAGACUCUUUUUUUAUACUGAUCUGUAAAAACAUUUUGCUUACAGGCUGCCACCAUCAAUGCUUCAUUAUAUUCACAGGAAACCUCAUUUGCAUACAGAUUUCCAACGUCUGCAUGAUGACUGCAAUGAGGAAGUGUGUCAAAUGUGUUGAAAUGGAAUUUAUCAUCUUCUAUCAUCUGCUGCCCUUUGACUUUGUAGACAUAGUUCUAGCGUUGUGCACUAAGAUCAACACAGUAACAGUUUUCCUACUCGAAUGCUUUUCAUGGUCGUGGUUAUCUUACAAACAGGAACAGAUGCAUGCAGUUUUAGUUGAACAUGGGUGGAAAAGAUGUUUCCCCUGAAAGUAAACCAAGAUAUUAUAACUUAUUAAAAUACCAAAUCAUUCAGCUUGUAGGAUCAACAAUAACUUUACAUUAACUUAAAUAAAGAUGAUAAAGAGUGACUUCUUAAAACAGACAAACCUG